AUGGCGAACACGGAGGCCACACUAAACGAGUUAAGAGAGCAACUGCAGAAACUUCAAAUAGCAAACGCACAGCCAACAGCUGCAAAUUCUCAAAACUUAGCUCAAAUCAUCAUUCCCAAAUUCAACAAAUCCAAUCCGACACUUUGGUUCGCGCAUAUAGAGCGCCUCCUUAGUUUGCACAAUGUGGUGCGCGACGACCACAAGUUUGACCUGGUGUCAAUACAACUGGAGGAAGAUGCAGCCCGUGCAAUCGAAGAUCUCAUUACUCGGCCACCUACUGAUAACAAGUACGAUGCAAUGAAGCGUCGGCUGCUCGAAACUUUCGGCGAAUCAGAAGAUUCGAAAAUGAGACGACCCCUCCGGGGUGGCGACAUGACUGGGAAGAAGCCGUCGGAGAUCUUGACUCACUUGCGUCGUUUAGCACCUGCUAGUGGAUGCGAAGCCGUAAUACGAAACCUUUUCUUCACUGAGUUGCCUUCGUCGAUUCGUCCACUCAUUUCGGUUUGGGAGGAGAAUGACCUGGACAAGCUGGCAAAGAUUGCCAAGAUGCUCGAAAAUAGCCCUAUCGACUCCAUAGGUGUUAUGUCGACUCAACCCAAGCCCGCUGAGCAAAGGCAGCACAGCGUGGAGGCGAAGGUGGAGAAGCUACAACACGACAUGCACGCCGCCAAGAAGCCCAAGGUUUCUCAGCCACUGGUUGGCGGUAGUAUCUCAACGACCAGCGACAAGUCAUCCAGGAAUCAGGAUCACCGACUGCACAUCCAAGAUCAAAACACUAGUCGGACCUUUCUCAUCGAUUCCCGAUCGGUGGUGUUAGCUAUACGCUGCGCCAUGGCUCAACGCAAACUUAGCGAAAGUAAACAGGAAUGGUAUGCCGCGAACCAGACUAUUAUACGAACCUUUGGACAUCAGGACCUGGAACUCGACCUGGGCCUGGAUCGUUCCUUCAAAUGGUCAUUUGUCGUCGCUGAUGUACAAUCGGCAAUAAUUGGCGCUGACUUCCUAGCACAGUUCCAUUUGCUCGUUGACAUCAAGAAACAACGUCUUACCAACAACAAGCAUAUCCGUAAUCUCGCAGGAUUUUGCUUCGCCAAAUAA